CUUUUGCGUUGCUUCUCAUCAGCUCACUCUUAAAUGCAGGAGUCAUGGCACAGGAAGAGGAAGUUGUCGAGGAGACAGCGCCACCUCUGGAAGCAGACGCAUACGUACGAGGAGACAUGAUUCCAAAGACAACUAUAGCUCCUGAUUUUUCAGAGUCAGAGGACCCACAAGGCCAAAUCCUCCUUUUCCCUACUAUGACAUCUGAGGAAACUACCGAGCAGACUACAGCAGCAAUGACAACAGAGGAGACAGCAGAGGCAGAGGCAGAGGGCAACCCUCCAGCUACAGAAGAGGCGGCUGACAAGGGAACAGAGUUCACAGUUGAGGUACAUACUGUCAAACCCAAAAUCGCGGAACCAGAGACCCAUGCUCCCCUGCCUUCGAGAGGCGACGGCGGCCCCAACAUCAUACCACAGCCGGUGCCACAGGAUGAUGUCGUCUGUGUUAGCAAAGAGGCGGUCCAGGAUAAAAACGCUGUCAAUCUGAAACUCAAGGCCUCCUCCAACUGUCAAGACACAAAAAUGAAGAUUCAAAGCGUUCUGCAGGAGCUGUGUGGUGAAGACUGUAAACUACAAAUCUACCAGGAGGACAACUCAGACCAAAUCCUUGUAUCUGGACCGUAUGUUGAAGGUGAUGUUGCAGGCAUGGCCAACAAGUUCAACAACGACAACAUCAAAGAUAAGACUGACAUUGAGGAGGCUGUUCCUCGUUGGGGGAAGAAUUCAAAGUUGGUGCUGGUUUCCCUGCUGCUGACAGGUCUAUUGCUGGCUGCGCUGCUGGUAGCUGGGUAUUACCUCAAGACCCACCGCAAGAACUCCAAAGGAGUCAGACUGGCCGAGUCUUUCCAGGUGGAUGAGGAGAACCAGGCCAACACUUUGGUGUCUGUGGCCCCCCUGCCCCAGGAACCCAUUGACAAGCCCACUGUUAAUGGAGAGUCUCCACCAGAAAAUGGGACCAAUGCCGCCCCCACCACUAACGGACACCCUGCCACCCAGACCCCGGUGGCUGACACUGAGAUGUGAAUCAUAACACCCCUGACCUCCUGUUCUACCCAUCACCCACCCAGACACAUAACUCACAAGCCCAUCCGCUGCCUCAGAGACUAUCCACACACUGAAACAAAUUCACCAUGAAUCCACCAGAUAGAUUCACCUCAACCUACACCUCUCGGGACAAUGAUGACUACAACGCUGAUGACUACGAUAACAAUAAUGACAAUGCCUGUAAUGUGAAAAGUUUGGGAUCACUGGCCUUUGCUGGUGUCAAGAGGAGCCUAUGUAUGCUGUGUUUGGGACUGGCCAGCAGGGCACUGACUGGGAUUAGUUAGCUGCCCUAACUUCAGUCUAGCAGUAACAAUUAUUAUAGAAUCAAAGUAAUGUCAAAUAUAUGCUGUUGAUCCCUGACAGAGAAGCACAGAAUUCUCUAUUAUUUCAAUCUACAAUUGUGGUGCAAUGAAACCAACGAAGCCAGGCAGUUGAAAGGAGACCAGAUUUUGUACUCUUGUAAAAAGGAUUGACACUAAUUGCUUGAUUGUUUUUUAUUUUCUAUGUGAUUGAGAAAAUGCUUUCGUAGCCUCCCUAUUUGCCUAAAGCUUGUUAACGCCUACAGUACCAGCCAAAGGUUUAAACACACUUGAAUGAAUGGGAAGGUGUGUCCGGACUUUUGACAGGUACUGUAUAAAGUGGAGAUUGGAGAUCCAAUAUUUUUUUAUUUACCCGUUGGCUGUAUUUUUCCCCGUCGACAACUGUCACACUUUGAUACAGAAAUUAUGCCAUAUUUGCAAAAAAUGGCUUGUUAUCAUUCUUAGCAUUCAUCAUAGAAACCAAAGACCGGUUGUUAUAGCAUUAGCAAGCUACAAAACCAUUAGAUAGAAAGCAUGUUCUUUGGUUUUACUGAGGAAUGAAAUAAUGCUGCCAAGCUAUUAUUAAUGUGCAAAUAUCAGCUGCAAACAAUCAAAGGCAGAAUUCCAACUGUUACCACUGUUUUUGGGAAUGGUAAACUGCAACAGCAUUUUUAAAUACACACAAAAAACACAAAACAGACAGGGAGGUUGUUUUAGUUUCCAGGCUGCUAAACAAAAUCACUGUAAUACAAUUCUUCCACACCAUACAGCAGGUUCAGCAUUCCUAAGACCACCUCUAUCCUCUUGUUGAUAUAAAACAUUUCUUUACAGUGAUACACAUUUUUUAGCUUCUCUUUUGAAUGACUGACUGCUUUCAUAAUGUACUGCAUGUGUAAAUAGCCUGCUUUUACUGUUAGUAGUAUCUGUGACUGACUCAUAAACUGUGAUUGUUGACAAUA